AUGGUGCUCAUCAAGCCUAUUAAGCCUGCCAGUCAAUUAAAAUUGGAGGCCGCAGGGGCACCUAAACGCACCCUCCUCAGUUUGGUGCAACGGAAGAAGAGCGAACAUCAAGGCGAGUUGGAUUUAUCUCCCCUGGAUGUAAUUCGAAUGCGGCUUAUGGAGCAACGUAAACAGUCAGAAGAGACUAGCGAAAAUCGCACCUCUACCGACAAGCAUGCAAUCACCCCACCACCAGCAGAAAGCGAGAGUGAGGAGGUGUUUAAAUACAAGGAUGAAGAGAAGGAUAAUUCCUUCAAAACUGCCACGGAGGAAGAAGAUCAUAAACAAGAGGAGAAAAACCUCAUUGAGAUCUAUUUUAUCCACAUGACCGAGACUACAGAAUUUCACAGUUUGUGGCCAAUGCUGAGUGGUCGAACUACAAAAAACCAUAAAUGCAAACUUGAAAUUGGUCCCAAAACCCUGCUCAAUGAGACAUACUGUGAGAUACAGUCGUCCACAGAAGAUCUCGCCUUCAACACGAAUGCAAAAACCGCAACCAGUUCACCAGAUCGAUUGAAAAAGAUCUUUGCCGACCGCCAAUCGCAUCGAAGCCUUGCGGAACAGAAGGUCAGUGAUUGGCUGCUCAAAUAUCGCUCCUAUACCCACAUUCCACCAAAAGACAUGAGUGAUGUGCCAGAGAACAUUUGGGCUCCCCUCGACAUCGACCGGAGUUCCAAAAACAAUGCUGCUUCUGCUCUUGGACGCGCUGGAUGCGGUAGCAGGGUCGCCGAACCCCGAAUCAAGCGUAGGGUAAUUAAUUGUUCCAAAGGCAGACCAUCAAGACUGCCAUCGGCUAGCCAUGCAGUUUCAUUCAGUCCAACAAAAAUAUGGGACGGUAAAGGGCACCAACCGUACUUCUUCGAACCACCUUACAGAAAAGCUGAAAGCUGCCUGAGAACUCGCGAAGAGUCGAAGAGAUUGACUGCAUUGAAAAGCAUUGAAAACUACAUGAAUGUGAGCAGAGGCCUACUCAAAGGCUCGAGAUUGAUGUCAUGA